AGAAAUAACAGUUUUAAAAUUGAGCUCUAAACUAGAAAGAAACUCCAUUUUGUUAUACAAGUUACUCAAUGGAAAACUUACUAUUUUGGUUCAACCUUUGAUUGAAAAUUAAACGGCAGAUUUUUUUUAACAUGGAGUAGGUGCCUAGGAGAACUUAUUUCCAAGAUUUCAAGGUUCUAGUCCAUAGGCAUCAGCCGCCAUGUUGAAAAGGGAGAUGAAAAUCGUUUUUUUAUGUUUUUAAAAUACAUCACAUCAAACAUUGGGAAUUUAAGAUUUAAGAACAUCGUAUCUAGAAAUCAUGUCUCAAGAAUCCGACUGUAUCAGCACAUUUUUCGACUCCGAAAGUAUCAUCUCAAUGAGUCCAAGCAGAUUUUCAUUGUCACCGCCAAGAACAUUUGAAAGCUCCCAGGAUAUGAGUCAAGUUCAAGUGGGAUCCGAAGACCUAAGCUUUUCAAAACUAACAAUUGAAGAACCGGAACCUAUACACGUCUCACCAUUUUACAACAUAACUCCACGAGCGAUGCCUCAAUCGCCACAUUAUGUGAUUGAAGAAGAAUUCUCAUCUAAUCCAUGGGCGAUGUUAGUUGCAACGAUUUUCCUGAACAAAACUUCGGGCAAAAAAGCAAGGCCGUAUAUGAAAUCUUUCUUCGUCGAAUAUCCAACACCGUACCACGUAUUGGAGGAAACACCCAAUGCUUUAGAACGGUUCUUCGACAAUCUAGGCUUGAGGAAGCGAGGCCAAAUGAUUUGGAAGCUGAGCUAUCAGUUUGUCUCCGCUAAAUGGCGGCGGGCUAGCGAUCUUUGCGGCAUCGGAAAAUACGGUGAAGAUGCAUAUAGGAUUUUCUGUUUAGGACACACGGAUGUAGACCCUGAGGACAGGUACUUAAAGUUGUAUUUGGACUGGUUGAUGGGACAUACCGACUUCAUGAAAGACAAUGGCGUGACGGAUAGCGAAUGCAUAAUCGAAGAUCCGGUUCUUGAGUAUUAUAGAAUUACUUUGCGAAAUAAUGUUUAGGUUCUACAAAACUUACAAUUUGGUGCAGACUACAGACUUUUUUUUUUAAUACGUGGGUUUGUUUGUAGUGGUUGAGUUUGGCUGAACAAGCUCUACAAAUUUGGUAAUGAACAUUUUUUCGGUAUACAUAUAACACGAAAAAAUAGCAAACUAAAAAAUUACUCAAUAUCUCAAGAACGAUGUAAGAUGGAAAAAUGUUUAAUUAUAUAAUUAUAAAGCGUUCAAAGAGCAACAAAAAAGUAUAUUGAAACAAAAUUUUCAUAUUUCAACGUAGAAACGAUAUAUUGUACAAAAACUGAAUCCCUUUUUUCAAAAUGGCUGAAAAUGCACAUAGGAAAUCUUUUUCUAGACAUUGAAGAGAAGCUUUACUGGGCUACUCCCGCGUCAUAUCCAAAAUUCAGCUUUCUUGGCUCGUGUUUUUAGCAAAUUUUAAUUCACAAUCACACAAACGCGUUUAUGGUACAAAACUAAACCGACUUCUGUAAAUAAAUAUAACUAUCGGUUAUUUAAAUCUUAUUUUGUUGUGUUUAUCAAUUAUGUAAAAUAAUAUAAUAUUGUGUAUUGUUAAAAAAAUCAUUAAUUAUUCGUUUUUGCAUGUUUAACAAAUCUUUAUUACUUCAUUAAAAUUAUUUUACGACAUAA